AUGAAGUUCACCGCCGCUACGUUGGCAGCCUUGGCCACAACGGCCAUUGCUGCCCCUUCCCAGACGAUCAAGGAACAGCCUCGACAAGCCGCCUCUGCUUGCUCCGCCAACGUCUCCCUGGACGCAAAGACCAACGUCUUCUCCAAGUACACCUUACAUCCCAACAGCUUCUAUCGUGCCGAGAUUCAAGCUGCCGCCGCAGCAAUCUCGGACAGUACGCUCAAGGCCAAGGCCCUGAAGGUUGCUGAUGUCGGCUCCUUCCUCUGGCUUGACACCAUUGCCAACAUCCAACGUCUCACGCCCGCCAUCGCCGACGUUCCCUGCAACAACAUCCUCGGCCUGGUCAUCUACGACCUCCCCGGCCGCGACUGUGCCGCCAAGGCUUCCAACGGCGAGCUCAAAGUCGGCGAGCUGAACCGCUACAAGACGGAGUACAUUGACCCCAUUGUCAAGAUCCUCAAGGCGAACCCCAAGACCGCCUUUGCUCUCGUCAUCGAGCCUGACUCCUUGCCCAACUUGGUCACCAACGCCAACGUCGCGAGUUGCCAGGCGUCGGCCUCGGGCUACCAUGAUGGCGUUGCGUACGCCAUCCAGGCUCUUAACCUUCCCAACGUUGUCAUGUAUCUCGAUGCUGGACACGGAGGUUGGCUUGGGUGGAAUGAAAACCUCAAACCCGGUGCCGAAGAGCUCGCCAAGGCAUACAAGGCUGGCGGCAGCCCCUCGCAGCUCCGAGGCAUCGCGACCAACGUUGCGGGAUGGAACUCUUGGGACGCCGAGCCCGGCGAAUUCGCAAACGCCCCAGACGGCCAGUACAACAAGGCCCAAAACGAGAAGAAGUACGUCACCCUCCUCGGCGCCGCGCUCCAGACGGCCGGCAUGCCCAACCACGCCAUCGUCGACACGGGCCGCAACGGCGUCCAGGGCCUCCGUCUCGAGUGGGGCGACUGGUGCAACGUCAACGGCGCCGGCUUCGGCCUCCGCCCCAGCGGCAGCACCGGCCUCGAGCUCGCCGACGCCUUCGUCUGGGUCAAGCCCGGCGGCGAGUCCGACGGUACCAGCGACUCGAGCGCCACGCGCUACGACUCGUUCUGCGGCAAGUCGGACGCCUACAAGCCGUCUCCCGAGGCUGGCACGUGGGACCAGGCUUACUUCGAGAUGCUGCUCAAGAACGCCAAGCCUGCUUUCUAGACAGGGAGGGGAAGGCUUCACUACUCGUACCAUGUUGGCCACAGCGAGUGCCUUCAAUCAUGGGGAAAAGGGGCUACCUCUGCAGAAUUUUCUCUUCCACACAUGACCAAGCUACAUUCUCAGUAUAUAUAUACAAUGUCAAGUCUUCAUAUAUCUAUGGCAUCAGGCCCUACUCUAUGUGACGAAGUGGGAACACGGGAUUUUGAAAACGUAGUGACCAAAAAGUAUAUUAGAACGAGACUCGGCCGUUACGUCUCACGCCACGAAGGGCAACCUGCGUCUUCUAAUAGCGCUUGACUAAUGUCGCGUACCACAUGGGGGACAGCAGUUGCCAUAAUCCCAAGUCUGCAGAUAUCGUGUUGUAGUACAGGCUUUCACAGUCAUCACUCAAGGCAUGGUUGGUACGAUUGUGUGCUGACCAAGUCAACAUCACGAGUUGAAUGAACGAGAAA